CCCUCCCCUCAGCUGCCACAGCAGUGUGAGCUGGUUGCAUUGUCUCAUUCGGAACCACCGCAGUCUGACGAGAGCCGCCACGACUCCCGCUCGUGAGCCACGCCGGGAGGUCACUCGUGGAUGCGGUCACGGUUCAUGUAACGCCGUGAAACGCUCCACCGUUGGGUUGAAUCCUGCGUCAAAUUACCCUGCUGCUAUGGUGCAAUCUCUCGCCCGGAUGCCUUCUUCGCUACUUGGAGCGUAGCAUCUGUCGCCCUUUACUCGCAGCAGCGCCAGCGGCAGCGAGGAGGGAGGAGGGAUGGCCGCCGGCCGCCGCGGUUGCGUCAACUCGCUGUGGUCGGGUACCGAGCGGGUCCGCAUCGGGGAACGUCUCAAGGCGACGUUGGCCGGGCUUCUGGAGCUGGAGCUGCUCCGGUGCCAACACCUCGAGAAUGUGGACGCCGCUCUCGGGGGUAGAGGCAACGCCACCGGGACGCGGCCGGAGCCGGGGAACGGAGUCCACGAUGCCGAGCGAAAAGCUGCCGCGCUCGGCGGGCAACAGGCUCCCUCCCCCUCUGACACAAUGGGCCUGUCAAGUCAAUGUAACCCAGACAACUCCUGUCGUAACUCUGGCGAUGGACCGGUACAUUCUUCACUAAGUGGGGGGAGGAACCCCCGCUGGUCCACUCUCUCCUGGGACGCCCCUUCUGACCUGCUGUCACUGCCCACACCUGACCCCGGUGGUGCGGUCCAUCUGGACAGUGAUUCCAGACCGAGCUCAGGUUUCUAUUCAGUGAGUGGGAGCUCUCUGUCAGACUCGUGCUACUCAGUGUCCAGUGAUGCUGCCCAUGGUGGACUAGUACAGGCUAAUAGACCCUUAAAGCUUUGGGAGCAGGUUCCUGGGUCAGUAGUCAACACUGACAUCUUGUGGUCAGAUUAUGCGGUGCAACAGCCAGUCCUUCACGAUCAAAGCAAAGAUCCUGAGCCAACUCAAGAGCACACACUAUUAGUUUCAAGUGACCCUAAGGUGUCUGGUCUCAGCUUUCUGUCUGACCUCUGCUCAGGCCUCAACUACUCAUUGAUUUCUUCCCUUCUCAACCUUGACCGUGUUUCGCCGUCUUCUGUCUCCUCCCAUGCACAACAGCCCCAGUUGGAUGCUUGCUACUGCGAAGACCUUGUUUCCAGUAAGACAAAAGAGGUGUACCCAUAUCCCAGUCCAUUGCACGCCGUUGCCCUCCAGAGUCCUCUUUUUACUGGUUGGACACAGGAGCUAUCUCUUUCCCUAAACCAAGAUGGAAACCAAAUAGAUCAGCCAAUGGAAACCACUAUCAGUGGCGUAAGUCUGCCUCUCCAGCGUCAGAAUGCCAUAAACCCAGUUUCUUUGACCCAGCUGGACCAGUACAUCUCUCGACUAGUUCAUCAAUACCACAAUCGGAUAAACUUCUCCAUCCCUGAUCUCGCACAUUGUCCUGUCAUUAACAGAGGCCUUAACACACCUGGUAAAAGUCACGGGUCCACCCAGUCCCUUUCUGCCUUUGAAAGCUGCAGUACACCUUCCAUGGUGUCAGGGGGCAGUUUAACACCCUGCAAAUCACUACUGGGUAACUCAGCUAGAGUGAACCUCAGUGCUGCUGGAAAAAAAGCCACUAGGAAUUCAAUCAACCUGGGUAGCCUUCCCUCUGCCACUGGAGAGGAUUUGAACAUCAAUUUACAUCUUAACCUAAACUUGAACCUUGCCCCUGGUUUAAACUCCAACAGGGGAAUUGUUGAAAAAUGCAAAAAUGUCAAUCUGGGGGUUGAACCUACAAGUUCAACUGCUUCCGUGGCAACACAACCCUUAUCAACUCCUGGCCCUGGUGUUCGAGCACGUCCUCGAAUUUCCACCUGUCCGACCUCCCUGAACAACCGCAGUUCCCUGGAGGUCACUUCGGCAACUCCAGCCACUUCUGGAUUUGGAUCAGCAACCUUCUCUCGCUCAUUGGACUGGAGUGCUGGACCACCUUAUGGCGCCAGUUUUGCAUCAGCUCCAGGGUCCCAGCGCAGCAGCUUGAUGCAGGAGUCCAGCUCCAGUCCCAAGCUAAUUGAGGACUCCCCCAUGGUGGGGGAAAUCUCCCGUCUCUCUGGCUUGUCGCGGGCUGUCGUGGUCGGCCUGAUGGAGCAAGGUGUUGAACUGGACAUUGACUGCUUCCAGGCGGAGGCGGCCAGUGAGUUGAAGAAACACAAAGAUCUCCUUAAGGCCCACCCAGAACACCCAAAUGACCACAUUAGAUUAACCGACCUGAACCCCCAGAGACCAAUCCAGCUGUCUCUCAGUGUCACACAUUCUCCACAGUCCCAGUCCAGUCUUACCCCUCCCCUCUCACACUCCAACAGCCCAAUCCACCCUUAUCAGUCCAUCCGUGCUCCCUCCCCAGUCUACUCCUCACACAGCCGUUACCAGCAGGUCCCUUCCUUAUCUGACCCCCCCUCCUCAACGGCCUCCUCCCCUACCUCCAGACCAAUGCAAAGAGCCCACUCUCCUCCACAUCCUCUCCAGGCCUCUCCAAUGGGAGCGACCCCUCUCUCAGUUUUUCGAAGAGACUCCCCUUUCCAGUGUUCGCUUCCCCACGCUACCAGCAGGACACCUGCAGAGUAUGGUGGCGUCCAUUCCAGGAGUGGGUCCCUUCGGCACACUGGGGGAGGAAGUGGGUCUGGGGGAGGCUGGAAUAGGAUGGAGGGCGAUGGUCUUUACAGAGGCAAGCAUGGGUCUCAUAUGCUGAUCAGGGCAGCGACUGUGACUAGCUAUUCCAAGAGGGAGGAAUAUGGUGCUUGGUGUGAGGAUGAGGAGACGGGAUCAUGCAGAAAGACCUCCAACAAACUUAGCAGAGCCUUUGAGGGUCGCCUCUGGGGAAAGGACACUGAGAGUGAGAGGGAGGAGAUGGAUAGGGCAGAGUAUGGCUAUGGAUGGACAAGGACCAUUGGCGGAAGUUGGAGGGGAGAACAAAGAAAGGUGAAGUUGGGACCUCGCACUCAAGACAAUAGGCCAAAGGUAGAAAGCUCACCUGUGUUCUACAAGAAAAGGGGGAAGGAGGGUGGAGAGAAAAGGACCUCCAGUGUCAGGAUAUCCAGGAGGUCUCUGUUCAGGAGUGAGUCUCAGGGCUUGCUGAUACCUCACAACCAAGAUAAGACGACAAGACAGUCAAACUGGGUUUCCUCUUUUGAUGUAGGGCAAAGUGCUACUACUGCUGGCAGGGAUGAGGUUGCCAGACUGCUGAGGACUGCAAAGGAGGACACGCACCUCUCCUCCACUGCAAGCCUGUUCAACCUUUCCUGCUCUCAGAGCUUUGAGAGUAGCAGUCAGUCCCUCACUCCUCUUUCCUCUCCCUCCUUCUCUUCAUCCCCACCGCCCAGACUACCCCUGGAACGUUCUCGAUCUUUGAGGGACUUGGGAAGGCGGGUUUUUGGUUCCAUGAGGUCUUUAACUCUCAAACAGAAACCAAAGAAGUGAUGUUUCAGCAGAUCUUUAAACUGUAAAAUAAAAAGGUACUGUCCAUAGUUCUUUUGGACUGGACAUACAGAAUACAUGUUCUUUCAAUAACUACACAUUAGCUUGUGAGUUCCUCUCAGGCACAUCCAUAAAAUGUAUUAACUACUUCCAAAGGGUCUCAAAGCCUAAAUAAGUGGCUACAGAACUUGACUGCACUGGAUCUCUUUUGAAGUGUGGCAGAAGUCUCCAAACAGGAAUGUAAAAAAAAUAAAAAAAUAAAAAAAAAAUAAAAAA